AUGACGCUCUGGCGCCACGCCCUGCCGGGCUUACGGUUGGGUGCCGGUUGGAAAUCAUCUCGAGCCCGGUCUGAUGCCGGCCCCAGCGUAGCCCCGACCUACGUACCGGAGGUGGUGCAACCGGGCCGAGUCACGCCCAUGUUCGAUCUCUCGGCUUGGCCGGCGCACAUUCCCAUCCCAGAUUCGGUGCCAUCGGCCCUGCCCGAGUUUCAAUUCACCUUUAACACACCCGAAGAGGUGUGCGGGAUUCGUCGCUCCGCCCAGUUAGCUCGACGAAUGCUGGGCUUGGCCCAAGAUUUGGCCCAACCCGGGAUUACCACCGAAGCCAUCGACACGCAAGUCCGAGAAGCCGUCAUACGAGAGGGGGCGUAUCCGUCUACGCUGAACUUUCAGGGCUUUCCCAAGUCUUUGAGUACGUCAGUCAAUAACGUGGCUUGUCAUGGUGUACCCGAUGAUCGUGCCCUUCGGAGCGGCGAUCUUGUCACGGUGGACAUGGUGGUGUAUUACCGAGGGUUUCACGGCGACGUGUCACGUACUUUUAUGGUAGGGCGGGAUGAGGCGUGGCACGAUCCCACGGGGCGACAUUUGAUGACGGUGGCCCGGGAGUGUUUGUAUGCUGGAAUAUCGGCUUGCGGUCCGGGAUUGCCGCUGCGGCGCAUCGGUCAAGUCAUUGGACAACUGGCCAAGCGGCGGGGAUUAGGCGUGAUCCCGACUUUGUGCGGACAUGGGAUUGGGCGGGAUUUUCACUGCCCGCCGGACAUUUACCACGUGCCCAAUAAUUAUCCUGGUUUAAUGAAACCCGGCAUGGUGUUCACCAUUGAGCCUUGUGUGAGUCUGGGCACUCCGGAAUUCUACCUGGCCGCCGAUGGGUGGUCGUUGCUCACGUCGGAUAACACUCGUACGGCUCAGUUCGAGCACACGAUUGCUAUCACGGAGAAGGGUGUGGACAUCCUCUCCGGUUGA